GUGCAUGGUGUGAUUGAUUGUCGAAGGGAAUUGUGUUCGGAAGAAUCUACUUAAGUCUUCUUGAGAAGUCUAACGACAACGUAUUCUUAGAGACGCAGCGUUGGCCGAUAGAUUAUCAGCGAUAUCAUGCUAGUUCGAAGAUGUCCACGACAAGCAGAGUCUGAUCUUGUUACAGUGUAUUUUUGUCAAAAAUUAAAAAAAUGCCCAGGCCUGUGCGCAAACAUCAAAUGCUAAAAGAGUUUCGAUAUUUUCGUAUCGCGAGGAAUAUAGACCCAGGUACAAAAAAAAUAAAAUCGUAGGUCGCGUGAGUGAAUGAAUGAAUGAAUAUGAAGAUUCCGCCUCGUGACAAUAUGGGCGAGGCGCCUGCUGCGUCGUGCACCGUGACAUUUGGGGAACACACGACGAUACCCGUUACUGUGGAUGAUGUCUUCGUCUACGAAAGACAAUGUCCAUUGCUAAACCGCAGUUUGACGCAGAUCGAGCUGGCUCUACGCCGCCAGGACGGGGCAGCUACGAAGACGCGCGCGAGCACGACUGCGAAGCUUCGCCUGCCGCUACCUGUGAACAUGCGUGUGUCCAAGUUCGAAAUGCAGAGGAAAUUGACUGAGCUUCUUUUUCCUGAAAAUGCGCCUCUACUGAGUCCUUAUGAAGCCACUCAAGCUAAGGCUCAAGCUGAUCAAGACCAGUUGGUUUGGGUUCCAGCGACAGUGGUCGACAAAAAAAAGGCUAAAGAAAUUGCGUACAAGGAGAAAGAGCGUGGUCGCGACGUCGCCGCAGGCGCGAACGUUGGUGGCAGCAACGUGUUUGAAAUGGACAUCUUUCCAGUGAAGCCGAACAGAGAGGUACGGUGUAGACUUCAGAUUGUCGGAGAAGGAGGUCGCCCUGCGGUGGGUGAAGGUUCAUCAUCCAUUUCUGCCGAUGAAACUCCAGCAGAUGCAGUUAGGUGGAGAGCUUUGUUUCCACUGGCUAAAAACUUUGUCUUUGAACGCAAGACUCUUGCACACGAAACUGAUGGUACAUCGAUGGUGAAGGAAGCUGCAAGUCGUGGUGCACCGGCUUGCAUGACAGGUGACUGUUUCGGAGCGCGUCACUUCGCGAUUCGAGUGCCGAAAGUAGAAGCAAGAGUGCAGGAUCAAUUGUCGAUUCCGAAUGAGGCCGUCAUCCUGUGGGACAAUUCGGGAAGUAUGGAGAAAAAUUCGCAAGAGCGUGUCCGGAAAUUACGCAACACACUACAGAAAGUGCAAAGCGCAACUGCUGGUUCUGCCUCAGGACCAGUAUGCGUAUACUACUCACUCUAUACGUUUGAAAUGACAGCGAUCGAGACCGCGCUUUGUCGGACGACAUCCGUAGACGAAGUAAUCGCCUGCCUGGAGUCGGUACGCUACGACGGAGGAACGGAUAUGACAAAAUUGGCAGCUUCGAUUGGGAAAGUCACACCAGUUGGGACGACAAUGUCCGACAAAAAUGUCAACCAAAGAACGGAAAUUUGGGUUUUCACGGAUGGUGUUGAUAUCUUGGGUAGGACACCGAAAUUUGCGGUCGCUGAUGCUUCCGUAACCGUCCACGCGAUCGCGCAUGAGUCUACUGUUACGAACACGAGAACGCUGCGGGCCAUCACGCUGGCAAAUCCUCAGCGUCCGGGUCGCCUGUUGCAGAGCGACAAUAUUGCUACCGAUAGUUACGAAGAGCUGUUUCGUCCGGCCGGCGCACGACUGCACCGCAUCGUUCCAAAUCAGAGCGAUGCCGCGUUUCAAGAGGAUUAUGACGACGGUUUUCGUUGCACGCCGGACCAUCGCCUGCAGCCUUUGUCGCUGCCACUGACCGAGGAUGCCCUCGUCUGUGGCAUAGUUGGAAACGAGGUCUCAAAAAUUUCCAUCGAAAUUAUUGACCAAGAUGGCCAGAUAAAGGAGUACGGAAUAUACCUGAACCUCGAACAAGGAGUUGAGCCUGGAUCUGAUCCUGCACCCAACAUGAUGAAUUCCCUCAACAUAAUGCUGGCGUCGCCAAGUGGCUACCACAUCCAACCAGACGGAGACGAUAACUGUGCAGCCGCCAUUUUAGGAUAUUUGUUCGCAGAAGCUCAGUACGAAGCGGUGAGUGGCGAUGAACUUCGUUCUGGAUUGGAUCUGUCGGAACUAAAGCUGGAGCUCGCGACCCGCUACAGCUUCUGCAGCCCUGAAGCUUCGCUGUUGAUGUUGCACACGAUGAAGCAGUUUUUCGACAACGAUGUGCCGCCACCUCUGACGCAUCCCAUGCGACCUCAAUGGGAAGAGGAACAACGCAAGAAGGACAGUAAACAACCAUCUUCGAGGACUACUCCAGCUAGAGAUGUCACCAAAGGGCGUAGAGGACGAGGAGAGGAAGCAUUGGGCGAGCCUAAGCGGGCAGAAGAAUUCACAGAAACGACGUUGGAACAAGUGCGAACAUUGACGAAUUUCUUGGAGAAAGAACCGCUUUCGCACGGGGCAGGUAAAUUUUCGGACUCCUUUUCGGAAAGGGGAAGAGAGAGAGGCGGCGGAUUCCUGGGUGCUGCGACGGCGGCAGUCGGCCGUGUGUUCGGCGGUGUGAGGGGCAGGGGUGGACCACCAGGAGGAGCCUCCAAAGGCGACGGAAAAUCUCGUGCAGCGGGGAAAGGGGGUUUUUCCGAGCAAGUAGAGAGUCUUUCUUUCUCUCAGGAGCGAAGUAUGGGACACGGUGGUCGGAACGAUCUUCUUUCCAUGCGCGCGAUGCCUAUGGCUAUGAUGAAUGCCUGCUCUCUUGAGGAUGACGAGCCCAUGCUGAUGAGCGCAUCACUAGGAAUGACAACCUCAGCAAUGGAAGUUGACGAGGAAGACUCUGACGGGGCAGACGACUGCCGCAUGGACGACCCGACUUUGGGGGCCACUGCACGUAGCCUCGAUAGUGAAGCCCCGCAAACUCGUUCACGCAAUGACAGUGAAGUCCCGGGGACGCGUUCGAAGAAGAUGAAAGUAGCCGGAGGUGCUAGUAUUAAGGCUCACGAUAAUUCAUCUUCACAGAGCACCUCUCGUUAUUUGCUUCUCAGGUUCUGAAGAGAUGAACGUAACAGAUGAAAUGUGAGCGCUAAUAAUGGAAGUACGGGUGAGACCGACUCUGCUCGUCCGACAGUUGCUGCCUCGGUAGAUCCUCACGUAUAUGAGAACGAGAUGCGAACCGCGGUCGCAAAAGCACAAUUUGAGACAGACCGGAGCAGCUGGAUCAAAACUUAUUUUCACUUGCGAGAGGCCAACCGCGACUCUCCUUCCUUCUUUCUCGCUUGUGCGCGUGUACUACUGCAUUGCAAGCAGAAAAACGAGGCCAUUCGUGUAGUCAGCAAUUGUCUGGAGUUCAAUUUGGAAGAGCCGCAGUUGUUGCGCACCGUCGGCUAUUUUCUGCUUUCCGUGGAAGGCGAUGAGGAGGCCAGUUUACUCGCAGAGACGGUGUUUGACCAUGUCGCUACCAUCUGUCCUGUGGAGCCGCAGUCGUUCCUCGAUAUGGCGUUGUCAAGGUUCAGCCGCUGCCAGCAGCACAGUUCUUCCAAAGAAGCUGAUUCUCAAGCUCCAGCAAAAAGUGUGAUAGAGACGAGGACUUCUGCAAUGACUCUGGCUGCAAAGCACGUUGUACGCGUGCUUACACAUCGAUGGGCCAACCGAUUUUACGAAAUUGAGUAUCCUGCAUUGCUCUUGCUCCAUUUCCUCGAAGAAGCCUCGAAGGAUAAGAAAAUCGUCACGCGAUUGCUCGACAACAAUGCUGAUACAAUUGGCAGUGAAUCUUCUGCUCCGGGAGGUAGAAAAAGUUACCCUGAUAAGAUUUUCCUCAUUUACAGGGAGAGAGACCCUGAAGGAGCUGAUGCUCCUCCCACAAUUACUCCUGCAGCGUCAGCCGGGUUUACUCCAGGGCCUCGGCCGAUUUUUAUAGGGGGUUAUACCGACAAGGAAGAGCAGCAAUCGGCUGCAGCUGCUGUUGCUGAAGUGAAGCCACCACGCUUAUUGGAGGUGAAGUCGCAAACUUUGCUGGUCCAGGCAGACCUGUGGAAACAAUGUCAGCUGUGCAUCUGGUUGAAUUGGGACACGGACAAGACCGAUUUGGAUUUGCACGUCAUUGAACCUUCUGGGGAGGAAGUGUAUUACCAAAAUCGAUGGUCAUGCUCCGGAGGCUACCUCAGCCGCGACUUCACGCAGGGAUACGGACCUGAGGUCUAUCUGUUAAAACGACCCGUGAAAGGCACGUACAAGGUGCAGGUGAAGUACUACGGCAGUCACCAAGACAGCAAGCUGACAGGUGCGACGAGCUGCGUCGUGUGGAUCAUGCAAAGGAAGGGGCAAGACUUGAACAUAGAGUUUUUCACGAUGCGACUUAAGAAACUACAUGAAAAGCAGACGGUGAUGGAGGUCAAACAUUCCUGAGAGGGAAAUGAAAAGCCUACUUGCGUUCUGAGGAGCACAUAUCAAUUCUAUUUCCAAGAAUAUGCACUUGGUUGAUCCCUUGUUUAAGCUGCAGUGUGGGUGUCCAAAUCGACCCUGGGGAAUAUACAUGAUAUAAAUUUGUUUGAUUGAUGUAGAUGCAUAGGAGAACGACAUGCCCACCAAAAUCAUACAUACAUAAAAGUAAAUGUUCAAGAGCCAGCUUGUAGUUGAAAAAUUCUCGCCAAGGACAAUACGUAGCGCAUGAUAGAGAUAGAGUCCACGUGUUAUUCCCCCCAUCACGUUAGAAGUAUAAUAUGACAGAGGAUCAUGUCCUUUUUUGUUCUCUUGAUCCGAAUGAACAUAGAACCCCAUCUAGGAGUAUAUGUUUUCGCUAACAAAAACAUCAUGUGCAGCGUGUUCUCAUCGAGCUUCCUUAGGCGAAGAAAAUUUGUUCCUUCAUAAAAACCUGUAAUGCACACUUUUGAAGGCAAAGCGAUGAUGAAGACAUGGAAAAACUGGAAAGUAUAAGCAACUAGCAUUAGACGUCUUCAGACCUUCUACAUGAAAUUGGCUUCCGAUAAUUUCUUCAUCAUUUGCUCAUGCUCAGUCGCGAAGUAGGACCCUAUUUGUAUGUUGUUAUGGAAUGAACGGGAAACCUCAAUGAGGAAAGAUGCCCGACGAGGGGUCUGUUGAAAUUUUAGUAGGCUUUUGAUGAGUGACAAAGCCAAUGGUCUUCCGAAAAAAGGUGUUGCCAACGAUAGAGAGAAAAGAAAAUGUAGGUCAAGGGUGUCGAUGAGGGUGCCAACGAUAGAGAGGGUGUCGAUGAGGGUUGAAU